AUGGCAAAGUUACAGAAGGUCAAUAAUGCUUCAAGUGAACAGUCAUCCGAUAAUGUAGCAUCACAAAAAGCUAUUACGAAGACAACAAUGAAAAAGACUGUCACUGCAACAGCAGCCACUGCCACAUUCUAUGCCACUGGAACUGAUGCUAGGAGCCAAAAUUUAUUCCAAAGAAGUGGCUCUUCAAAUGAAAAGAUACUCAAUAAUGGCAACAAUUCAAGACUACAGAUAGACCCUGAACAUUCUGCUGAUGCAAGUAGUAGAGAUGAAAAACGGAUGAAUUCCGCCACACAAGUCGCAGCUGUGAAACGGAUGAAUAAGUCUUCGCCAACUAAGCGUAAAAACCGUGAUUCUUUGACAACCACAACGACUACGACAACAACUACGACACAGGGUGAGUCUUCAACCACAACCACAACCACCACUACUACAAGAAAACACACUACAAGAGUUAUCAACAAUUUUGCCAGUAAAGGAUUCUUCUUUACAUUUAAAAAACCCUUCAGUUUAUUUGGUAAAGAAAUGCCUGCAGAAAACGAAAACAGUCAAAGUACUACUGAUAUCAACAUGAAUAAAAAUGGUAUUGUCGAUACUGAACAACUUGCACUCAUGGCGAUGAAGGAAUCAGAACGCAUGUUUUCGCAGGCUAAAUUAAUGUUUCCAUCAAAUCAAAAUCUCAUGGUAGAUGAAAAUUCUGAAAGAAGUGGUUCACAAUUCAAUAGCGAAAAUGAUGGAAACGCAAGAAAUGACGAAGGAGUUGUACAAGGAUAUCAGUCUCGAUUUGCAAAUCUUCCACUUUAUCAAGGAUAUGGAAUCAUUGCACACCAAAUGGCCUUGUCGAAUAAGGCAAAGGCAGGUAAAGAAUUUGAUCAAAAUAAAGGUGCACAUCAUGAUGAGAAUGAGGAGGACCGAACAACAUCAGAAGUGGACAAAAAUACAACGGACAUACAACCGAUUUCAGAUCAGAGUGGCACUGACAUUAGUUUGGUCGCAAAUACAUUCGCACAUCUGUUAGAUGAAUCCAUUUUAAAAUUCUUAUAUGAAGCAACAAGCCAACAGCUUGGACGAUCAGGAUCCCUAAAUUUAUUUGAAUUACCAGCAUACAUUGAAGGUCCCCUACAGAACAACAAAUCUCUUAUUCCGACUCAGCAGAUGAUGCAGCAGUGCAUCAAGAAAAUAUCUGCAAUACUCCUUUGGAUUUAG